GGUGACAGCAAAGGGCUGGCAGAGGAGCUGAGAUGAGGGUUUGCAGCCUCCUGGGCUCUCUGAGCACAAAAGCUGGAAAUGGCCUUGCUUUUAGUAUUUUUUUUUUUUUUCCAAUGAAUUUUGCACUUCUCACCUGAUCCCAGGUGCCCGCAGGCAGUGGGCAAUGCAAGCCCUGGGGAGGAAGAGCAUUUUGGGCAGGGCUCCCUAAAAAUUCAGGUCCUCAUAUACCCUGCGGCUGCUUGUGGGAUGAGCUGAUGCUGCAGCUCCAUGUGGCUGUGGGUUUGUGCCCUGCUUCAGGGCUGGGCUGGGCUGGAGGAUUCCUCUGAAUUAUUUCCAGAUGGGGAUUAAUGCAGCAAACUGAGUUUGCUGCAGGAUAGAUAAACAAACCAAAGCUCCUCUGGAUGCUAUUAAUAAACCGCCUGCCUGCUGCUUCUGCCCCAGAUUUGGGAACAUCCUGGUCCUGGCCUGGGGUGCAGCCAUGUGCUGCCUUGCUCCUCUUCUAGCCUUUUGGCUGUGGGGCAGAGGUGCCAGGGAUUCCUUCAGGGUCCUAAAUGGGACAGGAGUUGUGAGGGUGUGAGUGGAGGAUGGUGUCUCUGCUCUGGGUCCCUGCUCUGGGCUGUGAGUGGGAUGAGGUGCUGCCGGCUGUGUCCCCUGCUCCCCCAGUGUCCGCUGAGCUCCACCAGGGACGGUGGAUGCCGGGAGGUGACACCUCUCCUCUCCAGCCUUCUGCUGUGGGCCUUCAGGCAGCUUUGAGAAUGGAGCAGGUGUAAACAGGGUGGAGGCAGACUUUGAGCCCUCUCGAACUGCUGCUCUUGUGCUGGGGCGUGGGUAAACAAGUUUUGGGUGGCUGCAGCCCAGCAAGCUCACCUUUCCCAUGCGGGGGCUCCUGGGCGUCCCCCAGCAUGCCUGUAGAUGUGUGAUCCUGCUGGGGAGGAGGAAGGUGGCCCAUGGGACUCACAUCCCAACCUUCCUCAUUUUGGCAUAGCUUACAGUCUCCUGCCAGGGGCAAACAGAGCCUGGCCAAGGGUUGGGCUCAGCAGGGUGGCCCAUGGCUCCCAGCAGAGCUCCCCAUUGAGGACCUCUGGGCUUGGUGGGCCAGCACAGAAGAUGGGGUUAGACCUGCUGAUUAUAUGAUUUAAGCUUUGUCCCACCCCAGCCAGCUGCGGGGGUCAUGGGUCCAUACACCCCUCUGUACACGGCUGGUGAGGCAGCGCACCCAUGGGGAUGCCCUGUGGGGAGGCUGGAAGCCAAGAGAUGCACCUGGGUUUGCUUUUUUCCAGCUCUGCAGCCUGCAGCACGCACAAGCAGUUAAUCCCAGGCCGUGCAGAGCUGGCUGCUUACCUGGCUGGAGCAGUGCCUGGCAGAGGGAGGGACAAGGGCACGGCUCUGCACCUUGCCAGGGCAGGCAUCACUGCAAAAAUAUUUGCUGAAAAAAGUGCAGCUCCACCCCAAGGAAAACUGGGGCCAGGAGCGCAGCCUGCUCUGGGUUUGCAGACGGAGGGUGGUGGCGAACAGGGGAAUGCAUGCGGCUGCAGGGACUCCAGCACAUCCACUUGCUCCGCUUGCAGCCAGGCACUGCCCAGCACCUCCACUUGGCACCGCCGGGCUCAGCCGAGGGUGCCGGGCAGGGACGGGUGGCUGGGCAAGGUGACAGGCACUAGGGAUCCUGUCCGUGGGGGAAUCCCAGCACCGGAGGUCAGGGAGCCCUCGCCACCUCAGUGGGCAGCCAUGGGCUGCUGGAGGGGCCCCAGCACCAUGCUGGCCUGCCUGCUUCUCCUGCGUCCGCUGCCCUCGCCAGCCUGCCCUGCCGCCUGCCGCUGCUCCUCGGGGGAGGUGGACUGCAGCGAGCAUGCCCUCCGCAAGGUGCCACAGAGCCUGCCGACCAACACCAGCACCCUGUGGCUUGGCUACAACUUCAUCUCCGUGCUGGGGCCGCGCUCCUUCCCUCCGCUGCCGGGGUUGCUGCUGCUCAGCCUGCCCCACAACCGCCUGAAGCUGAUCCACAGCCAGGCGCUGGUGGGGCUCGGGGCGCUGCAGGAGUUGGACCUCAGCAACAACUACUUAACUGUGCUGAACCCUGAAACCUUCCUGCCCCUCACCAGCCUGGCCAUGCUCAACCUGGGCAGGAACAGGCUGGGGGAGCUGGAUCCUGGGGUGCUGCACGCUCUGCCCCAGCUCCAAGCCCUCCUCCUGCAGGACAACCCCUGGGUGUGCAGCUGCGGCAUCCUGCCCCUCUGGCGCUGGCUCAGCCACAACAGGGAAAAAGUGCAAGAGAAGAGUUUGCUCCUCUGCAGAGUCCCAGAGCAGCUGAACAAGUAUCCAGUCAUGGCCUUCAGGAAUGAGUCCUUCAGGCAAUGUCAGGAGACCUCACUGUCCACCAAGCACUACAUCGCCUUCUUGAUAAUUGGACCAUUCUCCUUCAUGGCCAGCAUCUUCUUCUGCACCUUCAUGGGCUCCAUCAUAGUGGUUUACCACAACCUGUGCAGGGAACCCCACUUCUGGAGGAGACCCAGCAUCCGCAGGCGCCGCUGUGGCAGGGUGACCAGGCUUUAGCCCUGGGCACGCUGUGGUCCAUGCUCUUGUCCAGCUGACUGCACCCCCCUGUUGCCAACAUUUCCCUGUUGACCAGUGAGAGGAUGCUCUGUUCCUGGAAAUCGCUUUUCUUCCUCCUCCCAGAGUCCCUCGAGAUGAUGCCAAACUCCCUCUGCCCCGCAGCCUGGGGGGAGCAGCCCCCAGCUCAGCCCCCCUGCAGGGCACAGUCUGACCACAGCUGCUCUCAGUGUUUUGGGAGGCUGCCCCAGGCCACCCUCAGACCUGCACAUCCCCUUCCUGGGGGUGGGGGGCAGAUGAUCCUUCUCCUGCAGCUCACCCUGACCCUGCUGCCCAGAAGCCUCAGUGUGCAUUUCAGGAUGCACUGUAUGCCUCUGUGUGCCUUUUGGUGCAUCCUGGGAGCCCCUGUGUGCAUCUCAGGACACACCAUAUUCCUCUGGGUGCCUUUCAGUGCACCCCAGGAGUCUUCAUUUGCCUUUUGGUGCAGCCCAGGAGCCUCUGUGUGCCUUUCAGUUUGCCCCAAAGCCCUCCUUAGGCCUUUGGGUGCCACCCAGCACUCCCCAUCUGCCAUUCAGUGGCCCCAGCAGCCUCAGCAUGCCAUUCUGUGCCCUCAAGACCCCUUGACUUGGCUUUUUCUGCAUCCAAAUGCCAUCCAUUUGGCUUUCUGUGUCCUGACAGGCAUUGGUUGGACUUUUGGUGUGCCCCAGAGCUCUCCGUGUGCCUUUUGGUGCACCUGAAGAUCUCUGGGUGCUUUUGGGGAACUCCAGAGCCUCCAUGGGACUUUCAGAAAGCCCCAGACCCCUCCGUGUGCUGCCAGGACAGGGCAGGUUGCACAAUGUUUCUUCUGAUGUUUUUUUUUUCCUUGAGACAGGGCUGCUGGUGCUGAGAAGGCUCAGCCAACGACCAAGAUCUAGGGUGAGGCUGAGGUUUAGGGUGACGGUUGGAAAGAGACAAAGCCUCGAGCUCCCACUGAUGUGGUUUGGCAAAGGGGCUGCCAAAGGAUGUGUGAGGCUGCAUGGUUGUUCCUCCCCUAAUAGCUUUUCCCCUAGGCUAAAGCUCAUCCAAGGCCAAGGUCUAGGGUUAGCUCAGUGAUGGGAGUGGAGACAAAAAAAGCCCAUGUGGGUUUACAGCACAGAACCUGCAGCCCUUGCUGCCGCCUCACUUCCCAUUGCUCACAAAAAGGGGCUGGGGCUGCCCCUGCAUCUCCUGCCGCCUCCUGCCCUUCCCUGCGGAAAUGCUUCUCCACUGCAUUCAUGGAAAUGCUUAGUGAGUGUAGUGGGUGAUGGCCUGGAAGGAGCUGGAGCUGUGCUCCAGAGGAAAGCACAAGCUGUGGUGACAAAAGCAUCUCUCAAGGAGGAGCAACAGCCCCUUCUGGCAUGAGUUCUUACCCAUUGCAAGGCAGUAAGAGCCACAGUGAGAUGACUGUGGCCACCAGCCUCCCCCUGUUCACUCAAUCUCUUGCCCAUGCAAGAACUGCAGGACAAGGCAGCUAUGUGGCGGGGGACAAGGCAUCCUUUGGCAAGCUCUUGGCAAGGAUUAAAUACAUCAUGCAGAGAAUAAACCAAUGUCACCUCAGUUGUGGCUUGCUCCCAUUUUUAUUUUCAAGAGAGAAACCAACCCAAUGCGCUGCCACACUGCUCGAUUCCUGCUCGGCUCUUCCUGCAGUGCCUCUUCCCAGGGAGGGGUGCAAGGGCUGC